UAUAUCCUACUCAGGUCUCAUGCACCCUUACUAGUGCACUACGUAAUAACACAGGACGCUAUUUGAGGUUUAACCCACUGAGCCCCUGCGUCUGUUCGUCUUCGUGGACUUUGGAAUCUUAUCUCUGAAUAUUUCCUUCUGUGACUAUGGACGGUCGUGGAUAUGGAUCAGGUUUCUCCAGCUGGGGUGGAGGAGGAUCUUCCAGCAGAGGAUCUGGCAACUACGACCUGUAUGGCUAUAAGGAUUCCAUGUCUGGUGGAUAUGGUGGGGGACCGAUGAAGAGAGGUCUGUCUGGUUCUCUUCUGUCCUCUGCCGGAGGAAGUGCAGAUGACGUGAUCGCUAAGAUCAACCAGCGGCUCGACAUGCUAACACAGUUAGAGGGAGGGAUGAAAGGAGGGGGUCGAAGUGACAGGUUUGACCAGUAUGAGUCUUUCGACUCGCGCUCCUCUGCCCUUGGCCCCCGCGAUCUCUACAGAUCUGGUAACAUUGUAUUUGGUGACUCCCGGGGCGACAUGAUGGCCCAGCGUGGAGGCAUGGGCUUUGGGGCGAUGGGUGGAGCUGGAGGGGGUGGUGGCUUUGGCGGCUCUGCCUCCCACGGAAACGCCAAAAUGCGGCAAGCUCGAGAUGCUUUCUCAGGCUCCGGCUGGGGUGCGGGACAGAGGUCCCAGCACAGGGGCGGAGGGCCAGGCGGGCGCGGCUUUGGCCGUAGGCAGGAUUCCUCUAUGAUGGGUGGAGGUGGGCGGAGUGGGGGGCAAGGCCACUCCCCCUCAGGGCGAGGCAAGCUGCCAUCGCUCCUGAGCCACCGCAUGUACCCCGAAAGUGGGGGGUUCCAGCCUCAUCAUGGCUCCCAGGACUAUCCUGUCCGGCACUUUGGAGGGGGCAAAAACCUCAACCGACAACGCACCCGCAAGAGACCCCUCAACCGACCACCGGUAAAGUCUCAGCGUGAUGGACAGAAGAAGAGGAAGCAGACCCCAACCACCGCUGAUGAGCCAGAGUCUAAAAUGGGCAAGACUGAGACUGAAGGAGAUGAUAAAGCUGAGAAGGCAGAACCAAAAGAAGAGAGGAACGAUGAUGCAACUACAGCCACUCAGGAGUCUGAACCAGUGGCUGAAGGAGAGAGUUCUGAUCCAGGCGUUAAAGGAGAAACCUCUCAGUCAGUGGCAAAGCAGCAGGGGAGACAGACUCCACCCUCUGCUUCUAAACUUAGAAAGAGGCGGGGCUUCUUUGAAAGCCGCGCAAUAUCCAGGGUGACGUUUGCGUGCUCCGUCUGCAAGUUUCGCUCGUUCUACAGCGAGGACUUGACCGUUCAUCUGGAAAGCAAAUUCCACAAAGAUCACUUCAGGUUCCUCUCCAGCCAGCUAUCAAAACCAACCACCGAGUUCCUGCAGGAAUACAUAAAUGAUAAACAUAAGAAGACUGAUCAGAGAAUCGGUCAACUGGAGAACCACAGUGCCACCAUCUGUCAGGUGUUAAGAGAACAGGACCUGACCAGGGACAUCGGUAUGGAGCACUUCAUGAAGAAGGUUGAGGCGGCAUACUGUUCGGCAUGUGAUCUCUACAUCCCCAUGCAGUUCUUACUCAUCCAGAAGCACCUCAAAUCUCCUGAGCACAACUACAACCGCAAGGGGAUGAUGGAGCAGUCGAAGAGGUCGAGUCUGUCCGUUGCUAGGAGCAUCCUCAACCACAAGGUCAUCGGAAAGAAACUGGAGAGCUACCUGAAGGGUGAAAAUCCCUUCACUGACAACCAAGAUGACCAGGACCCUGAGGACUCCAUGAUGGAGGUGUCUGAGGGUGAUGCAGAGCUAAAACAAGAAGGGAAACAAGAAGAGGCGGAGCAUGCAGAUGUAGUCGGGGAGCCUGAAGUGGCAGACAAUGGUGAUGGACGUGAAGAAGAAACAAAGAUGGAGGAAGGUGAGGGAGGAGUGGAAGAAGGUGAGGGAGGAGUUGAGGAAGGAGGAGAAGAGGAAGGCAAGGGAGGAGAGGAGGAGGAGGAGGAGGAAGAUGAAGAUGGAGACGGAGACGGAGGAGUCCAAGUGAAAGAGGCGGAACCUGAAGGAGCUGAGGACGUUGAUGAUGUAGAUAGCAUCCUGCAUGGGGAAGACGAUGAUGGUGGAAUACCUGUGAUAGAGGAUUAGCCACACCUCUCCUCAGUGUGCUGAUGUUCCAGGAUCAGCUGGACUUGUUAGAGUAUCGUAUCCAGUUACACUGAUCCGAGAUCAGCGAGAACUGUUUUAAAUUUGUAGUUGUUUGGGUAGAUGAAUCCACAUGCUGAUCCUGGAACAGCCCUGUUGUGGAAUGCGCAUAUCCUAAUCUGGGUGGGUGGUCAGGGGGAGAAAUAAAAUCUGCACCAACCCACAUAGUCACAUUUGCUGUCACUCUCUGGACCAAUUAAUUCGAUGCUCCUUCUCUUCUUUAGCCAAUCAGAUUUGAGCUAUGUCUGUGAGGUCUGUAAAUUCACUCAGUUGUACACGUUUAACAGGACCGCUUCCUCGGUGUUCAGGUUUACACUUCUGAUUUAGUUUUAUUUGUUGUGAUGACAUUGAUGUCACCUCCUUUCUUUGUUUCUUUUUAUUUAGUUUGAGUACAUGUGAUGCUGAAGAGGGAGGAAACUCUCAAACAAUCUCAAAUCUCCAUCUAAAAACCCUUUGCUUUGUCUUCAGCUGAAAAUAAAUGUUUGAAAAAUGUU